CUGGGCAGGGCUGUCUGGAGAUCCGACACAUCUGAAUCUCGCCCGUGUUUCUGUCUGAUAAUCCAAAGUUUAUUCAAAUUCGUACAUCACAUCGGGCCUCAUGGAUCCCAAUCGAAUCAUACAGGCUCUGAAAGGCACCAUAGACCCCAAUCUGAGGGUAGAGGCUGAGAAUGAACUCAACCAGUCCUACAAGAUCAUCAACUUCGCCCCCACUCUGCUACAGAUCAUCGUGUCGGAUCAGGUGGAGUUUCCUGUGCGACAGGCAGCUGCUAUAUACCUGAAAAACAUGGUGAGUCAGUACUGGCAGGACCGAGAGCCCACGCUGGGGGAGGUGGUCUUUCCUUUCAACAUCCAUGAAAAUGACCGUGGACAGAUCCGAGAAAACAUGGUGGAGGCCAUUAUUCGCUGUCCAGAGUCCAUAAGGGCUCAGCUGACAGUAUGUUUGCGUGCCAUAAUAAAGCAUGACUUUCCCGGGCGGUGGACGGGGGUAGUAGACAAGAUCAACCUGUACCUGCAGUCUCAAAACAGUGGAAGUUGGUACGGUAGUCUGCUCGCUCUGUACCAACUGGUCAAAACCUAUGAGUUUAAGAAAGCAGAGGAACGGGACCCCUUGUUGGCAGCGAUGCAGAUCUUCUUGCCCCGACUCCAGCAGCUGAUCACUCAGCUCCUGUCUGAUGCCACCUUCAUCUCUGUACUCAUCCAGAAACAGAUACUGAAGAUUUUCCAUGCACUUGUACAGUAUUCCCUCCCCCUACAGCUGAUCAAUAACACAGUCAUGACCCAUUGGAUGGAGAUCCUGAGGACAGUUGUGGAUCGGGACGUCCCGGCAGAGACUCUGGAAGCUGAUGAAGAUGACAGACCUGAACUGAUCUGGUGGAAGUGCAAGAAAUGGGCUCUGCACAUCAUCACGAGAACGUUUGAGAGAUAUGGGAGUCCUGGCAACGUUACAAAGGAGUAUUUUGAGUUUGCAGAUUUUUACUUGAAGACUUAUGCUACAGGAAUCCAACAAGUAUUGUUGAAGGUGAUUGAUCAGUACAGACAGAAGCAGUACGUGAGUCCUCGGGUCCUCCAGCAGGCAUUGAGCUACAUGACUCAGGGCGUCUCACACUCGAUCACAUGGAAACAAAUGAAACCCCACAUGCCGACUAUUACUCAGGAGGUGGUGUUUACUCUCAUGUGCUAUAAAGAUGAAGAUGAAAGACUAUGGCAGGAAGAUCCAUACGAGUACAUCCGCAUGAAAUUCAAUAUAUAUGACGAUCAUGUGUUUCCGGCCACGGCCGCUCAGACUCUAUUGUGUAAAGCAGCCAGGAAGAGGAAGGAGGUUUUGCCUCAGAUUAUGGAAUUUUGUCACCAGAUCCUUAUUGAUCCCAAUGCUGACCCCCGCAGGAAGGAUGGAGCACUGCAUGUAAUCGGCGCAUUAGCUCAGCCUUUGCUAAAGAAGCGAGUGUACAGGGACCAGAUGGAGCUCAUUUUACAAAACUAUGUUUUUCCUCUGCUCAACUCGAAUCUGGGCUACCUACGGGCCAGGUCAUGCUGGGUGCUGCACUCGUUCAGUCCUCUGAAGUUUCAUAAUGAGCUGGUUCUGAGGAACGCUGUGGAGCUGGUCAAACAGAACCUGGUGGAUGAUAAGGAGAUGCCUGUUAAAGUGGAAGCAGCUAUUGCACUACAGACGCUCGUCAGCAACCAGGAGCAAGCUAAGGUCUAUAUCAGGCCAUUCAUCAGGCCUGUGAUGCAGGAAUUGCUGCACGUCAUUAAAGAAACAGAAAACGACGACCUCACCAGCGUCAUCCAGAAAAUGAUCUGUGAAUAUAACCAGGAAGUGGCUGUGAUAGCUGUGGAUAUGACACAGAAUCUGGCUGAGAUCUUCAGCAAGGUUCUCCAGAGUGAAGAGUAUGAGGAGAGUGAAGAUAAGACAGUGAUGGCACUGGGCAUUCUCAGCACCAUAGACACCAUACUCACCGUCAUGGAGGACCACAAAGAGAUCACUCAGCAGCUGGAGAGCAUAUGCCUGCAGGUCAUUGGUCUUGUGCUGCAGAAACCCAUCAUAGGUAUGGCAGAGUUUUAUGAGGAGGUAAUGUCACUGGCAUUUGGACUCACCUGUCAGUCUAUCUCCCCUCAGAUGUGGCAGCUACUGGGCGUCCUAUAUGACGUCUUCCAGCAUGACUGCUUCGACUACUUCACAGAUAUGAUGCCUCUCUUGCACAAUUACGUUACUGUGGAUACAAAUAUGCUGCUGACAAAUCCCAAGUACCUGGAGGUCAUAUACUCAAUGUGCAAAAAGGUCCUAACUAGUGAUGCUGGGGAGGACCCAGAAUGCCAUGCUGCCAAACUUUUGGAGAUCAUAAUAUUACAGUGCCGUGGACGUGGUAUUGACCAGUGUAUCCCUUUGUUUGUGGAGGCUGUGUUGGAGCGGUUAACACGUGGUGUGAAGUCCAGCGAGCUGCGCACCAUGUGUCUACAGGUGGUCAUCGCUGCUCUCUACUACAACCCCACCCUGCUCAUACACACACUGGAAAAUAUCCGCUUCCCUCACAGCCCUGAGCCAAUCACAGCACAGUUCAUCAACCAAUGGAUGAACGACACCGAGUUCUUCUUAGGACUGCACGACCGUAAGAUGUGCAUCAUUGGGCUCAGUGUUCUGAUGGAGCUGCCCAGCCGCCCUGCAGUCCUGGUGGAAGUGGUGGGACAGAUCGUCCCCUCUGUCCUGCUCCUCUUCCUGGGCUUAAAGCACAUAUACGCCUCCAGAGUCCUCAACAAGCCUGAGCAGCUCUCAAGAGAUCAAGGUUCAGAGGAGGAUGAGAACGAGGAGAUUCCCAGUGACGAAGAUGAGGUGGGAGAGAAAGGGGUGACCAUGCAGUCGUCCAGCGCUCCCACUGGCAAUGACAAUGAAGAUGAAGAUGAGGACGAUGAUGAGUACUGGGAUGAUGAAGGUUUUGAGGGGACCCCAUUAGAAGAAUAUAGUACACCACUGGACUACGACAACGGAGAGGACGAAUACCAGUUCUUUACCACCUCCCUGCUCCGUGUUCAAAGUUCAGAUGCAGGAUGGUAUCAGUCCCUUACGUCCUCUCUGAGCGAAGACCAAAAGAAACAACUGCAGGAGAUCUACAAUAUUGCUCAGCAGAGGAGGAGUGCAGGAGUCAAAGGAAUGUGAAGAGACUUUGGAUUUUGAUCUGUAAAGAAUUUACCCAGGAACUGGUUCAGACACUGAAACUGCCCAACGUUAACUCUAGAUACUAGAGAGCCAUGUCAACUGGCAUGGGUGGAAUCAUCUUCAGAUCCAAGACUCUUAACAGGAAAACAGAGACAUGUAUUGGCCUUUUGAGGUCCCAGUAAGGUUGAACUCUUACCCCGGAGCAGAUUGUACAUCCGUCUGCCCAUCUGUGCAGAAUUAUGUGUGUUUGCGAUUGUGUGCAGAAAUCUCAGAAAAGAAUGUUAUGUAUUCUGUUUCUCUUAGUCUCUAAUCCAUUUGCAACAGGUCGGCGAGGAACUCGACCAACACAGUGCGGUGAGACAUGUCAAAGCCAGCCAGAGAGAUAGGCAUACAGUGAGACAGACACAUAGAUGGGGGGUUGAUGCUGUUGGUCAGUGCCUUUGGAAAUACAUGGGCAUAUUUUUUCCCACACAGAUGAAAUGUGCACUGGCUGAGAUGUCAGAAGGAUGAUGUUUAUAAUUGUCAUGUUUGUAUGUUUCAGAGUUUGUUUUCGUAACAGUUAGUUUUCAGAAUUAACUUGAGUGAUAAAAAUUAAUAUAACACUAACCGUGUGGUGACAUGGUUGUGUGUGUUCUUGCAAUGUGUCGAACUCAAAAGAAUCAAACUUCUGUGAGAAUGUUGGGCAUUUACAGAUCCUUUAUCUGUGCAUAUUUUCUGAGAUCCUAAAAGGAAUAGUUACCCAAAAAUGGAAAUGCUGCCUACCAUUAUUUUAUUGCCCCUAAAUCAUGUUAUUUGCUUUUGUGAAAAGCAAAGGAGAAUUUUGAAGUAUAUUCAAACUGCUCUUUUCCACACAAUGAAAGUAUAGCUACUAAGGGCUGUUGAGCUACAAAAAUGACAAAAAAGCAGCAUAAAAGGUGUCAAUGUGACCCUUGCAAUGUAUUCCAAGACUUCUCAAGCCGUAUGAUAGCUUUGUGUGAGGAAAAGACUGAAACUUAAUCAAUGAAAUUUGCCCCUUUUAAUUGACUUCUUAUUACAUUUACUUGUUUGAACCAAUGUAUAUCUGUCAAAAAAAAAAGUUUUUAUUUAUUUUAAGGCUGUCAAUUUGAAGUGUUAAUUCAGUGCAAUUAAUCAUAUAAAAAUAGCACAUCGGGGAAAAAAAGUAACCAUUCAUCAUGCCCCCGACCAUAAGUAAACUCUAUGAUAUGUCAGCAGGGGGCAGUCAGCGCAGCUCCAACUGUACAGGCAAUGCGCCUUUUUUGUACUAGUCAAAACUUUACUCGUUUACCACAAUUAUGUAAUGUCUUUGAAUUGUCUGAAUUAUUAAAUUUAUUAUAUGUACAGUAUUUUUAUUAUUAUAAUUAUCUUUAUUUGGGGGACUAUUUCGGCAAAUGUUGUUAUGCGAUUAAUCAGCAUAUGAUAUAAUUAAAAUGAUUAAAAAAUC